CUGACGUACCAGUUGUACAUCUAAGAAAUCCUCCUUCCAGCCUUUUAAAUUUGUUGGUGGAAACCACUCUGGCUUAUUAUUUUGCCCCAGUUAAAUAGAUCCUUGAGAUUUCCUGGAGUUCACUUUAGUUUAAUCCUCUCACCAUAUGCAGAAGUUCAACGUCAUCGGAUGGUCCUACAAAAGAGGUGGCUCUUCUAACACUGGCUGGACAUUUCCCUUCCUCGUCCACCACGUCCUACUGUGGUGAAUAUUUGCCAUCCUCCAGUCUUCUGAAUGUGUGAAUUCUUCCACAUGGCUUAUUGUCAGCCUGGAAUCCACCGUUGGAUCUGCAAACUCACCGCCCUUCUUUUCAGUCAUCUGUCUUGGUGUUUUGGACUUCUCCUCGCGAACAGCAGGUCCUGGCAUGUGUGGGAAUUUGACAGCAAGACCGUCCCCAUAGUGUUCAUCGGACUUUGGGAAGCUGUUUAUUUCCAAAGAGUUAACAUCUCUAACGUGCUAGUGGAUCUGCCCAUGCGCACCGUUAUCAACGACCAAUGGAUCGUUUCCGACGAAAUCAAGUACGGGCAGGCCCUGAUACUGCUGGCCAAUUUUAUCAAGUUAUUAGUCCUGAUUUUCAGUACCACGGCCACGGUGGUCAGCUGGAUCGAAGCCCCGUACCCGGAUUUCCUGCAACUGUACUACCGCAUCUCUGCCUUUCUGCUUUUCGCCAGCUCGUGCUGCACCGCGGGGACAGUCAUCAACCACUUCGCCGCGGACUUCCACGGCCAGACCACGCUGGACUUCCCGGUUCAGUUUCCGGUGACGAAAGACAUGCUGGUGAGGAAACACGUCACCUACGUGUUCCCGGUGGGGGUGGCGACGGCCGUGCUGUCGCUGGCGGGCGCCGCCAUCUUCCUGGCCGAGGCCUACCUCAUCAAGCGGCGCAGCGCCGUGGGGCCCGCGCUGGCCGUCGUCGCCUCCGAAGAACUGGGCUAAACCCAGGGCUCUCGCUCUCCGGAGAGGUCGCCCACAGUUUUCUGGAAGACACUUCCUCUGUACACACACGGCGUCGUAGUAAUCAUCUGCUCAGAUAAAAUAAAACAUCCUUACUGGGUUCUUCA